AUGGCGACGCCCAUGUAAACCGGAAGCGGUGAAUUGUUUCAUCACAUUGCUUGGAGAACUGUGUGUUUGUUUGUUGUCUUAACAGAAAUUGGAUAAGUACAACUUAGGAAUGGCAAAUCCAUUAGCAGGAUUGGCAGUGGUUGGUGUAGGAUUAGCCUUGCUGAUGAAUUUUUCCAUUCAUAAGAUUGAAGAAGGACAUGUUGGUGUGUAUUAUAGGGGAGGUGCUCUACUGACGACUACCAGUGCGCCAGGAUUUCAUUUUAUGGUUCCAUUCAUUACAUCUUUUAAAGCUGUACAGACAACACUACAGACAGAUGAAGUAAAGAAUGUUCCUUGUGGUACUAGUGGUGGUGUUAUUAUUUUCUUUGAUCGAGUUGAAGUGGUUAACAAACUGAAUAUAGAUUCUGUUUAUGACAUUGUAAGGAAUUACACUGCAGAUUACGACAAAACUCUCAUCUACAACAAAGUACAUCACGAGUUGAACCAGUUCUGUAGUAUACACACCUUGCAGGAAGUCUACAUAGAUUUAUUCGAUCAGAUAGAUGAGAAUCUACGUACAGCCCUGCAGGGGGAUUUAGGAAACAUGGCACCAGGUUUAUCUGUACAAGCAGUUCGAGUCACAAAACCUAAAAUUCCAGAACAGAUCAGAAAAAAUUAUGAAUCUAUGGAAGGAGAGAAAACAAAGCUACUUAUUUCUGUUCAAAAACAGAAAGUAGUUGAGAAAGAGGCAGAAACAGAGAGGAAAAGAGCUGUUAUAGAGGCAGAAAAAGUUGCUCAGGUAUCCAAAAUUCAGUGGCAGCAAAAAAUAACUGAGAAAGAAUCACAAAAGAAGAUAUCAGAAAUAGAAGAUGCUACCCAUUUAGCUAAAGAAAGAGCCAGAGCAGAUGCUGAAUUCUAUAGAGCAAAGAAAGAAGCAGAGGCUAAUUCAGCUAAACUUACUGACCAGUACCUAGAGAUGUUACGUUACCAAGCCAUUACUACCAAUACAAAGAUAUACUUUGGUAAUAGCAUUCCUCAGAUGUUUAUGGAUCCAAGUGGAGUUGUCCAAACUUCUCAAGUAAAGGGUACUGCAUCAAAAGUUUCUGAAAAUAAAUAAAAUCUUUAGAAGAAGACAAUCAUCUGUGAUACCAACUAAUAGAACCAAAACUGAAAUGUCAUUUCAAAAAGUAGAACUGAAAUGGAAAUGUCAUAACUUAGAAUUUAACCAAAAUAUAAAACCUUACAAAAAAAUGAGACUAAAGCAAAAUGCAAUUUGUGAUUUCAAGAUGUUGAUACUUAAAUCAAUUUAACUUUUUUAGGAUUGACAUAUUCCAGUGUUUCACUAUUCUCAUAUCUUUUUGUGCCAUUUGAAUUUUGUUUAUAAAGUUAUAAUGACUUAUUGAAAUACACCAGACAUUAUCCCUCAUACUGUAAGUUUUAAUAAAGUAAAUAAUUGGACAGCACUAAAAGUUUUUUUAAUAUUGAGUUUGCAAUCAUACCUCAAUUCAAGCUAAAGUAUGUUGCUAAAUUUUUUAUUUAAAAAGUAUUACAUAUGAAAUACAAAAUUGCAUACUUUAGGUUUUAUUAUUAUAGUUUCUUUCAGUUUUUUAAAUAAUUGAUUGUUGUUGAAAAUGAUAAAUUAAUUCCAACUUAUUUUCAGUCUGACCUUCUUCUGUUUUCAUGUCAGAAGUGGCUUAUUGUUUUCAAAAAUUGUAAAGUAAAUAUUUAGAACAUAACAUUCAUGUGUAUACAAUAAAUUUUGUUAAUUAAAUUUUCAUGUAAUGUUUCAAAUUAUGUUCAAACAACAAACAGUUGUGAAAAAUAUUCUGUAACUUUAAUUUUUAGCAGGUUUUAAAUAUUUUGUGCAGAACAGAUGAGGCAUUCAAACAAGUUUGACACACUGUUUCAAAAUUUUGAAGGUUUGUUGGUCUUUUGAAUUGUGUACACAAUAUUGUAAACUUAUAUGUAAUCACAUUCUUCAUGCAUAUAUAUAUAUAAUGCUAAAGGUGUAAUUGGAAAUCUCUAAAAUUUAAUGUUAUUGAAUGUCUUUUAUAUUUUUUGUACAAUAAUUUCUUACAUACCAUAAUGACAAAAGUGCCUUUGUACGAUUACUGUUGUUGAGAUUGUCAGAUAUUUAUACAGUUGUGAUUACCUGUAUGUUAAAUGUAUGUCAUCUGCAAUCAAAAUAUAUACUUUGCUCUAAUGUUGGAAUAAGCAAAAAUUAUCUGAGCAAGACCUUUCAUCAAAGUGUUUAAAAGAUAAUAUGUAUAUUGUUUAUGUGAAUUAUCUUAGCUGUUAAAAGAAUCCAAGAACACUACUUGGGGAUGUUCAUAAAGGAAUAUCAUCUAAAAGGGAGAUACUCAAAUUUACUUGCAUCAGUAUUGUGGGACAUUGGGUAUCUUUUUGGGUGUUCAUUCACACUUCUAGUUUUCAUUGAGUUUGUGGUUUAUCAGAACCUCAACUAUAGCUACCCAACUAAAUGCAUAUUCCUAUUAAUUGUUGAAUAUAAAGCCUAAAACUACAUAUAAAAUAAUCCUUUAACCAAUGAAUAUUUUCAGGAACCAUGAAAAUUAGAAUCAACGAAUAGAAUUAGUAUAAUGUUUAUUAAGCAUUCAUAGUCAAAUGAAAAAAUAUUUUUAUUCUAUGAAUGUUAAUAAAUAUGUUUAAUCUGAAAUUACAUUAAGUUCAAGUUUUGUUUAGUUUUAGCUAGAAAUUUUAACAAAAAUAAUUGUCAAUAGUUUGGGAUUUCCCAAUGUAUUUUGUAUAAAGGAUCCUUGUAGAAUGAUUCUAAAACAUACUUGAAAAAAAAAUAAUAUUAUUUUAUACAUUGUUUAUAUGAUUUUUGUGAUCUCAUUCAUUAAACCAAGAGUUGUGAUGGGGUUGUUAUUGUAUCUUAGAAGCUUAUAUAUACUAGUUUAAUCAACAGAAGUGACUGAAGUUUUCUGAUGGGAAUUUUUCUUACUUGCAUUAGGAAGUAUUGAAAAGAGAGUAUACUAAAGUUAAAUACCAUGUUUCAUGUGUCAAAACUAUCAACAGUAUCAACACACACCAGAAACUAAAUAGCAAGGGUCAUGUGUCACCACUGUAUCAACAAAAUUGGAACCAGCUACUUAAUAGCAAGUGUCAUGUCUUACCACUGUGUAUUAACUUACAUUUAGUAAUAAAAAGUAUGACAUGUGUCACCCCUGCAUAUCAACUUGCAUGGUAUUAGAUAGAAUGUGUUAUGAGCAUGUGUCAUGUGUAAUCAUUGUUUCAAAUUACACAAGCUACAAUGAUUGUGUUAGGCAAGUAACACAUUAUGGUGGCAGCAGUUCUCACAUUUUGGUGGCAGCGGUGGCAUGAAUAAAUACAUUUUUAUAUAUGGUACUAAUAUUAUAGCCAAUGGCAUAUGACAUUCAUAAAGGUUAGGUGAUGAUCAGUUUAUCUGCACUACUAGUAUUUACUGUCACAAACAUCAUUUGUCAAACUCGUUCUGUUGGAUAUAACUCAGCAGCUCAUCAAUCAUUAUAUAUCAUACUCUUAUGUAAGCAGUAUUUAUAAUUUUUAUGUACAUUCUGAUCACACUUAAAGAGAGGUGGGAUGUUUAAAAAUCUUAAGAACUAUUCCAUUUAAUAGUCAAUUCUUACUUCAUUUUCUAUGAAUUUACUUGAUAUUUUUUAAAUCAAAUAGUCAUUUAUAAAAGGGAUGUAAAUUAUUUGUGUGAGAUUUGUAUCAGCCUUUCAAACAAGAAUUUUAGAUUUAGACAGAACAAAACAAAAUUUGAUAUACAAGGCAGUGCUGUGUUAACAACUAAUUUCUAGGCAUUGAUAGAUAAUACACUAGACAUUGUACUAGAAGCUUUUCAGAGACCAUUUUUUGGGGCAGUUUUAUGAUGAUGUGCUAGGCUUUUGUUAAGGGGAUUUUUUUUUUAGAAAAUACUUCAUCUGAUUAUUGGUUGAAUAUAAUAUUUAGAAAAUACUUCAUCUGAUUAUUGGUAGAAUAUAAUUUUUAGAAAAUACUUCAUCUGAUUAUUGGUAGAAUAUAAUAAAGUAGAGGGUAUUUAAAAUAAUAUGUUUUACAUUGUUACUUUUGUUCUGUCAAUACAAAAUACAUUGUAAAAUUUUAUUGAUUUAUAAAGAGAGGCAAUAAAAUCAUAAUGUCUGAUGUGAUGAUGUCAAAUUAUGUCUUUAUUAUCUAAAAAAAUUUACAAAUUCAUGUAAAUAUUUAUUUUAUGCCUUUUUACAUGAUAUUUGUAUUCAGAAAGCACUUACGGAUUAGCCAAGUAUUAUGAGCAGGUAUAAAUAUACUAAUUAUCAGUAUCUAUAUAUGAGAAUACUUUUUUUUUAUAUUAUAUUAUUUGUAAGUUUGUCCAUGCAUGCACGGUACUUUGUCAAUUAUAGGUGGGCAUGACAGUGAUUAUAGAAUUACACAAAAAGAUAUAACUUGUACAGUUUAAUAUGACCAUUUUAAGGUGAACAAAUAUAAUAUUUUCUAUAAAAAUGGGGGGAGGGGCUAAUUAGACAUACUCCCUAUCCUUCAUAAUAAUUUGACAUCUACCCAUAACCUAUGAAAUAGGUACACAUAUAGUAAUGUUAAGUAUGGAUAUAUCUGCACAAGCUAUAUUUUUUUUAUAUUUUUCUUAUUGCUAAAACCAUUCCAUAACUUGAGUGUUAAUUUAUCUUAAAACUUGUAUAGGAAUGAAUGAUAAAAUUGUAUACCUGUGUAAAUUACUGUUCAGUGUUUUAGUAUGGUGAGCUAAAAUGGUCUAUAAAAAAACAGGUGAAUCGCUUGAAUAUCCACAAGUAGUUUUGAAUUUUUCGCUAAAAUGUCUGCGUCUAUUUAUAAAUAGAAACAUCAGCAAUGAUAUUUUUUUUUAAAUUGAAUGAAAAUAUUUAAUUUAUAUGAAAUCCCAUAUCUUGUUUGUGCUCACAAGCAUUUGUUACAUACAUGUGUUAUGUAGUAAAUUGCAAAAUAUGUGUAAAACAGAUUAUUACUGUUCAGACAGUUUAUUGCCUUUCAUUUGUUUUUACGUGCUUUGAUUGAUUGAUUAAUUGAUUGGUGUUUAAUGCCACUUUCAGCACUAUUGGGCUAUUUGGUGGCUUCAGUUUUUAUUGGUGGAGGAAGCCAGAGUGCCCAGAGAGAACCACCAACCUUCAAACUUGCUUUGAAGUUGAAAUUAUCCAAAACAAGACACUAUAUUGAUCCCUAUGUUUGUUUAGGUUGUUUAUCAUUUUUAUGUAAUGCUCAAGUAGACUAGAUUUUUUUUAUAAUCAUAAUCAGACUAUUAUCCUGCACAGUGUGGUGCUUUGUGUUGUUUAUUGCAAUAUGUAUAUGAGUGUAUGUUAAAUGUUUAUUAAAUGUAUGUUAAAAAGAGAGCAUUGUUAUUUAAACAUUCAUUAUGUUUGAUACAGAUAAGAAGUUGUUAUUCAUCAAGUCAUAUUGUUUAAUACCAGUAAUAACUUUUAAAACAAAUAUUUUAACCAGUAUGAAGCUACAUUUCAUUCCAGUUAGUUAGACAUAUUUUGUUUUUCAUCCCAAACAAUGCAUUUUUUGUGAUACAUUUUUUGCCCUGGUUGUCUUUUAAGAAAGAAAAAAAGAUAAACUAUAACAAAUCUAUCACAGCAAAUGGAAUAUUUGGAAGGAAAGAGUAUUUCGACUGGAUAAAAUAGCUUCAUUUCUGCUUUAACAGAGCACUGCAAAGAGUUAUAAAUUAAUGUGUCUUCAUAUAAAUAUACAAUGGAGAGCAAACUGAGAUCUGUAAAAUUAUAGAUAUAGAUUAAUUUUACAUCAGUUUAAUAUGAAAACAUGACAAAAAUGGUAAAACAUUUCUUUGAAAUCCUAAACAAAAUUUAUAGUAUAAAUCAUGCUAAAUACUGUUGCAAUUUACAAAAUAAUGCAAUGGCAGAGAUAAUUGAUUCAACUACUUUUUAAACUUUUUAAUUGCCAGUCUUUGUAAGAAUCAGGCAAUUUAGAAGAAUGUCAAAACAGUGCAGAAAAAAACCACCAACCUAACCAUCUUAUUUUGAAGUUACCCUCAUCCUGAGUUAGAAAUGGUAGGUCUUUUGUUUCUGCGUGUUUGGUCAUUUGAGAAAUCUCUAGAUAACUUUUGGUUUAGAAUGAUAGUAAAUUACAAAGUUGGCUCCCCCUUAAUUGUUAAUUUCUUGUGUAUUUCAACCAAAUUAUAUCUUGAAAUACCAGAACAGGAAAAGUAAACGAAUGUUAUAUUCAUGCACCAUUAUACAUUUUGAACAUAAAUAAAUGUAAACUUGAGUGGGUUUGUGUUUGUCAUGUUUUCACCAUUACCUGAUUCUUAGGCAGAUUGGCACCUAAACAAAACCAAUUACUGGUAGCUAUAUUUAUUUCCAUUGAUAAUUUUUUUACCAUAGUGUAAAAAAUCUGUUAACUUUGAAAAAAGAUUUUCUAUUUUACACCAGUAUAAAAGAUUGACAUUUUAUAGAAGAUAGCGGAGUUUAUAGAUAUAAAAGUGCUGUUAUGUUGAAAAUUAAAAUUUAAGUGUUACUAGAGUUGAAAAUAUUAUGAGAAACAAAACAUUGCCUAUAUGAUUGCUAACCACAUUAUUUUACAUACUAUCUAUAGUGUCAGGUACUAGUGUAUAAAAUCAUUCUUUCUAAUAAAACCAAUAUACUUA